AUGGAAUCUGAAACUACACCCGAAGGAUAUAUUGUUGAAAAAUGUGGAGAAGCUGAAGCUGAGGAGAAAAAUCCGGAGAUAUUCAGAUUUGCGAAACGAAUGCAAAUCGAGCCGAAAAUCCGGAAUUCGCCCGAGAAAAUCGAGGAAAAUCGGGGAUUUUGGAGACGGAUUUUUGAGGAGAAGAAAAUUACCAAAGUUGCGGCGCCCAUGGUUGAUCAGAGGUAUUUUUAACGUGUAGUAAUCCGCGUGGCCGCUGCGCGGAAGAUUGUGCCGCUUACGCGGAAGCUUGCGGUCUAUACUCGCUUCGCUCGAGCAAAAAAAAUUGAUUUUUUUCAAAAAUAAUCUACAUUGCUCAGAUUAUAGUAUUUUUUCAAAAAAUCCAAAAAAUUCGGAAGUUUUUCAACUGAAAAAAAUGAAUUUUUCAAAAUUUCUUGAAAAUUGAAAAUUUUGGAUUUUUCUGACCCUAAAUCUGCUAAAAAAAUUUGAUUUUUUUUCAAAAAUAAUCUAGAUUGCUCAGAUUAUAGUACUUUUUUCAAAAAAAUCAAAAAUUUCGGCAAAAUUCUGAAUUUUUGAAUUUUUCCCGAAUCAAAGCUGUUCAGAUUAGAAAAUCGAACAAAAGCAAAAUUUAAAGAGAAUUUUUUGAAACAGUGAAAAUUUGGAAAGAUUCCUGAAAUGAAUUCUUUAAGUCUGCAAUUCUAGAUUGCUCAGAUUAUCAAAUUUCAAGUUUAACAUGAGCAAUGCUCAAAAAUCUCAAAUUUGCGCUCAAAACGCUCCAAAUUUCUAGUUUAACAUGAGCAAUGCUCAAAAACCUCAAAUUCCGUCUCAAAAAGCUCCAAAUUUCAAGUUUAACAUGAGCAAUGCUCAAAAAUUGCAAAUUUCGUCGCUCAAAAAGCAAAAUUUGAAGACAAAUUUUUGAUUUUUUAGAAUUUCUGUUAAUUCUCCUUGCCACGUCAUAACUCAUGUUCAAUUUUUUUGCAGCGAGCUCGCAUUUCGAGUUUUGGUUCGAAAAUACGGUGCACAACUCACCUACACUCCUAUGAUUCAUGCUCAUUUAUUUGUGACUGAUGGAACUUAUCGCAGAAAUUCGAUGGCACUGAUUGAGAAAGAUCGACCGAUUAUUGUUCAGGUGGGAGAUUUUUGAGCAUUGCUCAUGUUAAUCUUGAAAUUUGGAGCUUUUUGAACUCAAAUUUGGAAUUUUUAGGGUUUUUUAAGCAUUGCUCAUGUUAAACUUGAAAUUUGGAGCGUUUUGAGACGGAAUUUGAGAUUUUUGAGCAUUGCUCAUGUUAAACUUGAAAUUUGGAGCUUUUUGAGACGGAAUUUGAGAUUUUUGAGCAUUGCUCAUGUUAAACUUGAAAUUUGGAGCUUUUUGAGACGGAAUUUGAGAUUUUUGAGCAUUGCUCAUGUUAAACUUGAAAUUUGGAGCUUUUUGAACCGAAAUUUGGAAUUUUUUGGGAUUUUUGAGCUUCAAAAAUUCGAAUUUUUCAAAACCCGAAAAAAUACGUUUCAAAAUUUUGAUAUAAUUUCAAUUAUCAAAUAUUUUUUUCAAUGCGGCCAAUUCUGGUGUUGUUGAAUUAAAAAUUCGAAAAAAUACAUUGUUUUCAGAGAAAAAACGGAAAAAUUGCAAAACUUCAAAAUUUUCAGAGAAAAAAAGUGUGCCAGGUUUGCAAAAUUCAAAUUUUAUUUCGAAUUUUUUGAAAUUUGAAGCCACGCCCCCCAGAUUUCUUCCCGAAAAAAAUUAAAUUAAAUUUUUGCAAGCCUGGCACACUUUUUUAAAUGAGAAAUCUGAUUUUUAUUGAAUUUUUGAAGGUCAAAAACGAAAAAACGUGGAAAAAAAAGUGUGCGAGGCUUGCAAAAUUCAAAUUUUCAGAGAAAAAACUGUGCGAGGCUUGCAAAACCAAGAAAAUUUAUUGAUUUUUUGCAUUUUUAUAAGGGAACAAUAAAAAAGAUUUUUAAAAAUCAAGAAAUUAUAAAAUUUUUCAAAUUUUUUGCAUUUUGUUCAAAUGUAUUCAGAAAAAUCGAAAAACUCUGAAAAUUCGAUUCAGAAAUUAAUUUUUCUGUAAUUUUUUGAUCUAAAAUAAUCAAAUUUUGGGGAAUUUAUCAAAAAAUCCUGAAAUUUUUGUUUGAAAAUCGAUUCAAAACCAAAAUUCUCGAAAAUUUGGAUGAAAAAGUUGAAAUUAUCGAUUUUUGGAUCGAAAUUCGUGGAAAAGAGACGGAAUUUGAGAUUUUUGAGCAUUGCUCAUGUUAAUCUUGAAAUUUCGAGCGAAGCGAGUGUAGACCGCAAGCUUCCGCGUCAGCGGCACUAUCUUCCGCGCAGCGGCCACGCGGAUUACUAUGACUUCGAAAAAUCGUAAUCCACGUGACCGCUACGCGGAAGCUUGCGGUCCAGACUUUUAUUUUAUUCGAGCGAAGCGAGUGUAGACCGCAAGCUUCCGCGUCAGCGGCACUAUCUUCCGCGCAGCGGCUAAGUUACCCUAACUUCUUCGGUUAAUUGAGGAAGUUGUGGUAACUUAGCCGCUGCGCGGAAGAUAGUGCCGCUGACGCGGAAGCUUGCGGUCUACACUCGCUCCGCUCGAACAGGAAUUUGAGAUUUUUGAGCAUUGCUCAUGUUAAACUUCCAGUUUUGCGCCAACAAAGUCGACACAUUCCUCUCCGCCUGUCGUCUAGUCGAAGGACAUUGUGAUGGAGUUGAUCUAAAUCUGGGAUGCCCCCAAAUGGUCGCAAAACGUGGCAGAUACGGUUCGUGGCUUCAAGACGAGAUUGAGCUGAUUUGCGAUAUGGUUGAAGCGGUCAGAGAUUUUUGCCAGCUGCCAAUUUCGUGCAAGAUUCGAGUUCGUGAAAGUCGCGAGGAGACUGUGAAAUAUGCGAAGAGAUUGGUCGAGGCUGGAGCUAGCAUGUGAGGCGAUUUUUUGUUUUUGAAAAUCCGCAAGCUUCCGCGUAAGCGGCACUAUCUUCCGCGCAGCGGCCAUGCGGAUUACUACACGUUAUAGUAAUCCGCGUGGCCGCUGCGCGGAAGAUAGUGCCGCUUACGCGGAAGCUUGCGGUCUACACUCGCUCCGCUCGAACAAAAUAUUAUAUUUUGAAACGUAAAAAAUCCACGUGGAAUUUUUUGUCAAAUCGAAAAUUUGUGCCAAAAAAUCCGGAAUUUUGAAAACCUCUCCACAAAUAUGUAAUCCACGUGGCAAAAUUUUGAAAAAUAAUUUUUUUUUUUGAAUUUUGAAAGUUUCGCGCUGAAAAAAUCCUAAUUUUAACUACCAGAAAUGCAUUAAAAAAAUUAAUUUCAGACGUGAAUUUUUAUGAAAUUCAUUUUCAGAAAAAUUAAAAUUUGAGAAUUUUUAAUCGAAUUUUUAUUCUAAAAAUUCUCAAAUUCCAAUUUUUCUGAAAAUGAAUUUCAUAAAAAUUCACGUCUUAAAUUGAUUUUUUUUUAAUUUUCAAAAACUGAAUUUCUGGUAGUUAAAAUUAGGAUUUUUCAGCGCGAAAUUUUCAAAAUUAAAAAAAUUUGGAUUUUGUUCGAGCGAAGCGAGUGUAAACCGCAAGCUUCCGCGUAAGCGGCACUAUCUUCCGCGCAGCGGCCACGCGGAUUACUAUAACUUCGAAAAAAAUCGUACUGGCAUUAAUUAAAAAUUCAAAAAAUUUGGAUUUUUAGCCCUAAAAUUUCAAAAAUUGAAAAAUUCUGGAUUUUUUCCAGCGAAUCUCAAAAUUCAAAAAAAAAAAAAAAAAUUUCUUGAACAAAAUUUUGCCACGUGGAUUAUUCAAUUCAUUUUCAGAAAAAUUAAAAUCUUAAAAUUUCGAAUUUCAGACGUGAACUUCUGAUAUUGACUAAAAAUUUAUUAAAAAAAUAAUAAUUUUUAUAAUAUUUCAGGCCUACAGUUCAUGGCAAAAUUUUUCAAAAACAAUUUUGUUCAAAAAAAAAUAUUUUUUAAUUUUCAAAUUUUUGGCCCCCAAAAGUCCACGUGGCAAAAUUUUUAAAAUUGUAUAAAUUUAAUUUCAGACGUGAACUUCUGAUUUUGUCUGAUCUGAAAUCACGUCUAAAAUAUUCACUUUGAAAUCAUUCCAGGCUCACAGUGCACGGCAGAUUUCGCGAAAUGAAAGGCGCUAAAACGGGUCUCGCUGAUUGGACUCGAAUUCGAGAUGUUGUCGACGCAAUUCAAAAACCCUAUGGUAUUCCGAUCGUCGCCAAUGGAAACAUCCAAUUUCCAGGCGAUGUUGAGAGAUGUAUCGAAUCAACUGGCGCAAUCGCAGUCAUGUCAGCCGAAGGACUACUGUACAACCCUUUAAUCUUUCGUGACGCGGGGCCAUGCCACGUGGAAACAUGGAAAAUUGCCAAGGAAUAUUUGGAACUCGCCAAAAUGUAUUCUGCUGGAGCAAGUGCGAUGAGAGCACAUGUAUUUCGGAUAUGUCAUCAUAGUCUGUUGGAAUAUGAGGAUUUGAGAAUGCGAGUCUCGUUGGAGCAUAGAUGCGAGGAUUUUCAGAAGAUUGUGGAGGAAUUGGGAAGAAGGUGUGAGAUAGAGAGAGAGAGUGUGGAGGGAGCAGAGAGGCAGAGAAAGGCGAUGGAGUUGUUUGAGGGAAUACGGUGGGUGAUUUUGGGUUGGUUUUUUUCCGCAAGCUUCCGCGUAGGCGGAAGCUUGCGGAAAAACCAAACAAUUUUUACUAUAUAGUAAUCCGCAUGGCCGCUGCGCGGAAGCUUGCAGUCUACACUCGCUUCGCUCGAACAAAAUAAUAGAACGCAAGCUUCCGCGUGGCGGCCACGUGGAUCACUAUAACGUGUAGUAAUCCGCGUGGCCGCUGCGCGGAAGAUAGUGCCGCUGACGCGGAAGCUUGCGGUCUACACUCGCUUCGCUCGAAAUUUCAAGUUUAACAUGAGCAAUGCUCAAAAAUCUCAAAUUCCGUCUCAAAAAGCUCCAAAUUUCAAGUUUAACAUGAGCAAUGCUCAAAAAUCUCAAAUUUCGGCUCAAAAAGCUCCAAAUUUCAAGUUUAACAUGAGCAAUGCUAAAAAAUCUCAAAUUUCGGCUCAAAAAGCUCCAAAUUUCAAGUUUAACAUGAGCAAUGCUCAAAAAUCUCAAAUUCCGUCUCAAAAAGCUCCAAAUUUCAAGUUUAACAUGAGCAAUGCUCAAAAAUCUCAAAUUUCGUCUCAAAAUGCUCCAAAUUUCAAUUUUUAACAUGAGCAAUGCUCAAAAAUCUCAAAUUUCGGUUCAAAAAGCUCCAAAUUUCAAUUUUUAACAUGAGCAAUGCUCAAAAAUCUCAAAUUUCGUCUCAAAAUGCUCCAAAUUUCAAUUUUUAACAUGAGCAAUGCUCAAAAAUCUCAAAUUUCGGUUCAAAAAGCUCCAAAUUUCAAUUUUUAAGAUGAGCAAUGCUCAAAAAUCUCAAAUUUCGUCUCAAAAUGCUCCAAAUUUCAAGUUUAA